AUGUCUCGCCCGCAGGUCAUUCAGGAAGACGAGGCUUCGGCCCGCAACCCCGCCCACCUCGACCAGGAGCUCAAGGGUGCUCGCGUCUGGCGCGCCGGUGGCAUUGGCAUCUUUGCCUACUCGCUCGACGGCGGUCUCGAGGGCACCAAGAACCGCGUCUACAAGGACUGGAACGGCUCGUUUGACGCUUCGCUCUACGGCGCUCGCCAGCGCACUGCCGCCUUCCGCAACGCUCGCCAGAACGGCUGGGUCGUCCCUCUUGUCCGCUGGGAGCUCGUCGAGGACGGCCAGCGCAUCCCCCCCGACGCCAUCCAGAUCGGCAACGAGGCCAACGGCCAGCCCCUCUACUCGGCUCGUGUCUUCCUUAACGGUGGUGUCGAGGUCGGCAAGGCCGGUCACCACAUCAGCGGCGCCGAGAUCCCUUACUUUGGCGAGGGCAAGCACUUCCGCACCUUUGAGGUCCUUGUCGGCGACGGCUCCGUCGUCCAGUGGUACCCCUUCCACCCCGGAUGGGCUGACUCGCACCCCGCCGGCACCCAGGCGGUCGACGGUGGCCGCACUGGCGAUGGCAAGGCUGAGCUGAUUGCGCGCACCAACGAGUUUGGCCUGGCAUUUACAGAGUACAUUGCUCGCGACGACCACGCGUACGUCGCGUACGGCGGCGAGGAGAAGCGCAAUGUCCGCAACUUUGAGAUCCUCGCCUUCCCCAACCUCUCGGCCCGUUGA